CACCAUAGCUCAUAUUUGUCCACCAUAACACUAUCCUUGCUUUCUUUCUUUCUCUUGUUUCCUUCUUAUGGUAAUUUUCUUGUAUUUUAUUGAUUUUUUUUUUUACUUUAUGUAUUUUCUUGUUUUCGUUUUAAUUCUUGUUCUUGUUACGAGCUCCGCCAUUUUGUAUAGCUUCGCGGGUUGUUCUUCUUCCAGCUUUUUUUCUUUCCUUUCUUCUCUUCCUCAUCGUCCUCUUCCUCAUUAUUCUCUUUUAUUUCUGCCAAAGAAUAAGACAGCCCUUCCAUUAUAAAGACUAUAAGUUUGCCUCCUCCUCCUCCUCCUCCUCUUCAUCCUCCUCCUCCCGGCACUCUUGAUCCUCCCGCCACGUGACCUCAAUGAUGAUGGAGGUGGAAAUACAAAGAGCAGGUAAUGAGCUUAGGAAGGGGAGCUGCAGGUAUAUACAGCAGACGAGGGGACGCGCCGCCGCUGUCAUCACGGGCAGACCCUCCGAAGCACCACCCUCCUGCAGCACACCCUCCGAAGAACGGCCACAACCAUGAAGCUCCCUAGCAGCCCCGGGAUGCUUAACGACACUCUAGACAGCGCCGGACCUAGCCCCAUAUUGGGCCCGCCGACGGCUUGAUCGCGGAGAGGCGCUAUGAGAUCAAGAUGCUUGGGUACAACACGCCGCCUGAAUAUCUGGAGUACGUUGAUCCCUUCUGGAGGAGUUUCGAGGCGCCCAACCCCUUCCUCAACUACACGCUGGGAUUCUUCUACAUCAUCUUCACCUUCUGUUCAGUCAUUGGUAAUGGCGUCGUCAUCUGGAUCUUCGCCACAUCCAAGAACCUACGGACGCCCUCCAACAUGUUCGUCAUCAAUCUCGCUCUCAUGGACUUCAUCAUGAUGCUCAAGACUCCAGUGUUCAUCCUCAACUCGUUCAAUGACGGGCCGGUGUGGGGCAAGCUGGGCUGCGACAUCUACGGUCUGAUGGGCGCCUUCUCCGGGGUAGGCGCUGCCUCUUCCAAUGCCGUCAUCGCCUACGACAGAUACAAGACGAUAGCCAAGCCUUUCGAAGCCAAGUUCUCCCGCGGCGUCGCCAUGACCAUUGUGAUAAUGACGUGGGCGUACGCGCUGCCCUGGACAAUCCUGCCCUACCUGGAGAUCUGGGGGAGGUUCGUGCCAGAGGGAUUCCUAACCAGCUGCACCUUCGACUACCUUACUGAGGACAGCAGCACCAAAGGUUUCGUGGCCUCAAUUUUCUUCUUCGCCUACUGCGUGCCUGCCAGCGUCAUUUUCAUGUCCUACAGUCAGAUCUUCAGCCACGUCAGCGCCCACGAGAAGGCGAUGAGGGCGCAGGCCAAGAAGAUGAACGUGACCAACUUGAGGACGGUGGGGACAAAGGAAGAACAAGAGAAGUCAGCUGAAAUUCGUAUUGCCAAAGUAGCCAUUACCAUUUUCUUCCUGUUCUCCAUCUCGUGGCUACCGUACGUGACAGUGGCGCUCAUCGCUUGCUUCGGAAACAGGUCGCUCAUCACACCCCUCGUAGCCAUGAUCCCAGCCUGCACCUGCAAGACCGUGGCCUGCAUUGACCCCUGGGUGUACGCCAUCAAUCACCCUAAGUACAGGUUGGAGCUCCAGAAACGCAUGCCCUGGUUCUGCAUCCACGAGGAUAAGCCGCAGGACAACGCCACGCAGGCCUCAGAGGGCGGCAAGGAGUAAUAACAGUGUCCUGCCGCGCCUCGCCUUCAGACCCACUGUGCCCCAAGACUCACACUACGCAAGUCCAGGUUUGCUGAGCCUCUGGGCCGCAGCACACCGUCCCAUUGCCGCCUUCGUCUCGCUACAACCUAGGGCCUAGGCAACUAACUAAACCAGCUCUCUCUCUCUCUCUCUCUCUCUCUCUCUCUCUCUCUCUCUCUCUCUCUGCUACUACUACCAGCACCACCACCACUACUACUACUACUACUACUACUACUACUACUACUACUACUACUACUACUACUACUACUACUAUUGUUGCUGCUGCUGCUGCUACUGCUGCUGUUGCUACUACUAUUAGUGUUUUUUACAUGGCGGUUACUUUUGUCUUCAUUCCCUCUCUGUUACUUAUCGAAAUCAGACAUCCUUGCUAUGAUUCCUCCCGUCUUGUUUCCUUUCUCUGUCUGUCCUUACACGUGCAAGCAGGCCAGGGACCGCAGACAGCACGCUCGGUGAACGCUGCUCCUCAUGAAAGACGGAGCCAAAGUUGCAGUUCGAGGUUCUUUUCAGUUAUUCCACCAACACGAAGCCUCUCUCUUUGUCGCAACGUACGCAUGUCGUGUGAAGAAUUCGUACUUUUCGUUUACCAUCUCCACGUCCCAGCUGAAACAAUGCAUUACUCGGCUCUCUGAAGCUGAAGGAGAAGAGUGGUGGCACGCAUGUACCUACAGUAGAGGGGAGCUGACUGCCAUGUAUCUUAGGGAGUAUAGGGAGUUCUCCUGAAUCUGUAUCAGUUACAACAUUUAGUCACGGGAAAUAAGUGAGGAAGUCUGUCUCGUGUAAUACUAAGGUAAUCUCUGUCUUAAGUAGUAUCAGAUUUGGAUUGAUUUCAGCUUAAGGUUAGAUUGUUACAUUUCACCUUACAUUCUAGCAUACCUGACAGCACAACACGGGUACCAUAAACCUUAGUAUAUACUUCAAACUUAAUCAUGUCUAUAAACACAUAGCGAGUGUACAUAUACGUGUAUCAGUGGCCAUUCUGCGUGCAGCGUCAGCGCGGUGAGGCAGCGGCGGAGGCAGGGGACAAGGAGGGGCCCAAGGAACGCAGUGACUCCAGUACCUCCUUCUGCAAAGACUUUCCCGAGCUUUGACUGGUCAGGAACGCAAUCCGGUGCGCCCCUGGAUGCUGUUCAUCGAGUGUACCUGUAACAUUAGUAAUAAACGUCCCAGCAACACCCA